GUUGUUAUUAUCUUGUCGAUGCUGGUUACACAAAUGCAAAUGGUUUCUUAGCACCAUAUCGAGGACAGAGGUAUCAUCUAGGAGGUUUCACUACUCAAAACCCACCACAUAAUGCUGAGGAGUACUUCAACUUGUGCCAUGCUAGAGCUAGGAAUAUUGUUGAGAGGGCAUUUGGAAGGCUCAAGGUUCGGUGGGGAAUUUUAAGGUCUCCAUCGUUUUUUCCAGUCAAGACUCAAAGUCGAAUUAUAAUGGCAUGUGCCCUCUUGCACAACUUAAUUUUGCAAAAUAUGUCUAGAGACCCAUUUGAAAAUGAUGAGGAGCCAGCUAUGGAUGCAUCAUUUGAUGUUAUGGAUGGAGAAAUCAGUGAACCAGAAUUUAUCACAGGUGUCUCAACAUCUAAUGAAUGGAUUGAUUUCCACAAUAAUCUUGCUCAGGGGAUGUAUAAUAGAUAUAGAGCUAGGUCUAAUAACUAAGGACAUGAACCAAUCAGAGAGCUCAAGUGUUGCUCGGGGAAGAGGGAAAAACAAAAGGAUCUGGACUUAUUAUGAGGAUGAGGAGUUAAUUAAAGCACUAUAUGAGAUAUCUUUAGAUCCAAAGUGGAAAAGUGAGGGAGGUUUUAAGAAUGGGUAUUGUUCUGUUCUAGAAAAUGAACUCAAAGCAAGGCUACCAGGGUGUGGUCUCAGUGCUAUUCCACACAUUGAGUCUAGAGUGAGGCAUUUUAGGACCAAGUAUGGUGCUAUUGAUGUCAUGCUUGCUAAGAGUGGUUUUAAUUGGGAUGACAAUAGAAAAAUGGUGCAAUGUGAGAAACAGCAAUAUGAAGCCCAUUGUAAGGAUAAUCCUGAUGCAAAGGGACUUUAUGGUAUUGCAUUUCCACAUUUUGAUACCUUGGCUGCUAUAUAUGGCAAGGACAUAGCUACUGGAGAAGGGGCCGAGGGGCUUGGUGAGGCUGUAACUAACAUGGAGAAAGAAAUAGCUAUGGGAGAAGAUUGUCAAGUAGUGGAAGAGGAUAAGAUUUCUAUGUAUACACCACAACGGUCUAUGGAUAAUAGGAACUCAGAUCAUUCAACUUCAUCGAGCAACAAAAGAAGGAAGAAACACAAAGAUAGUAUGUCAAGUGACCCAUUCUUGGAUCUAGCAAGUGGAAUCCGUGGUGAUCAUAACAAAGCCUCACAACACUUUGGAAUGAUGGCAGAAGUGAUGGAGAUGGAAGCAAAAAAGGAUCAAAUGCAAGAGUUACAAGAGAAGUCUGUUGUUGACUUAACUAGACUUGGUUUUAGGGGUAGUGAACUGCUCAAAGCCGUUGAUGUUUUUGUGAAGGUCCCUAAUCAUAUGACGAUGCUUUUCGCGAUUCCUGAGACUCUUAGGAGAGAAUUCAUCUUGAACAUGAUUGCAGGUAAUAACUAG